AUGCAUUCAGUCAGCCACUAUCUAUCGUUCACUCUAAUUCAGUUCAUUCAAUCUAUCUAUCUAUCUAUCUAUCUAUCUAUCUAUCUAUCUAUCUAUCUAUCUAUUGUAUGCAUGCGAGUUUCUAUCUACCUAGAUAUCUAUAUUUUUUCCAUACAUGUAUGUAAAAGGAUAUAUAUGUACAAUUUUAUCUAUCUAUUCAUCUAUCUAUCUAUCUAUCUAUCUAUCUAUCUAUCUAUCUAUCUAUCUUCAUUCUAUCUCUAUCUAUAUAUUAUAUAUAUUUAUUUUUAUAUAUCUCUAUGUAUAACAUUUCAUUCAUCAUUAUAUGUAUCUAUUAUCUAUGCUAUCUAUCUAUCUAUCUAUCUAUAUAUAUAUCAUAAAUAUUAUUCUAUAUCAUUUUUCUCUUCGGCACCCAACUUAUCUAUCUAUCUAUCUAUCUAUCUAUCUAUCUAUCUAUCUAUCUAUCUGGAUCGCACGCACGCACGUUGA